AACUAGGUUUUGAAUGGGCGGCUAUAUCUAGCCCCAGCCCAAUUGACACUAUACUUAAACCCUAACCCUAGCUGUGCGUUGUUCUGGUCUGGAGCGGCGCAGUUUAAGCAACCAGUUGCAGAAGCAAAGAGAAGACAUUUUCAGAUCGUCAGUGAAGUUAAAAAGAUGUCGCUUGGAGAGGUUGCUUGCAGUUACGCUUGUAUGAUCCUUCAUGAUGAUGGUAUCGCCAUCACUGCGGACAAGAUUGCUCAAUUGGUGAAAGCAUCCAAUUUAAGCGUUGAAUCCUACUGGCCUAGCUUGUUUGCUAAGCUCGCAGAGAAGCGAAACAUUGAUGACCUUAUUAUGAAUGUCGGCGCUGGUGGUGGUGCCGCCGCUCCAGCUGCUGUUUCUGCCCCUGCUGGAGGUGCUGGUGGGGCUGCUGCUGCCCCUCCACCGGAGGAGAAGAAGGAAGAACCCAAGGAGGAGAGUGACGAUGAUAUGGGAUUUAGCUUGUUUGAUUAGAGGACAUCCUAAGAAUAGUUGAAUUUCGAUUGAUUAGUGUUUGACAUUUAUUGAUUUGGAAUUGCUGAGUAGUUAUUUUGGAUUUGGAAUAUAUAUACAAGUUUUCUGUAUGUAUAUUCAAAUUGUUGUCUUUUUUAUUUCAGAUAUAUAAUACUAGUUUUGUUUUCUUUCUUGUCAAUUCUCUUUUUAGAACAUAGACAUCAUAUUUGAUUGGAUAUGAAUCCUGAAGCUACUGCAUU